CUAAUUCUCUCAUCGCUAUAUAUGUUCGAUCAUUGUAUCGUAUCAGUUAAAGUUGUUCAGGAACGCUACACUCAUGUCAAAUGUCUGGACGAAUCGUGGUACCAUCACCACGACGUUUACCCCACCUUCAUCAUGCUUCACAACCACCUUUGACACGGUCGUUACCGAAAUGUCCUUUUUCCACGUUGCGCAUUGGGGCGGGUACGGCAAAGGCUACGGUGGAUCAUGCUAUCCCAGCUCCGCGUCAACCGUGACGUUCGGCACCGCAGCUUCGGAGUCUGCCUUUGGCAAUUAUUAUUACUCUCCCGCGUUCAUCUGCCCAGCUGGAUGGACCACCGCAAAGUCACUAAGCGUGGACCCUUCCUCUGGGUUGACGACGAGUACUGGCGUGUCAGCGUAUCUUUGCUGCCCGAGCGGACUGGCGUGGAGUUAUGCGGGAUAUGCGCCAUAUCAUCAGUGUGCUGUGACCACUAUUCCGGGGAACGUCCUCUACAACGUCACCUUAACAGAUGCCGGUUUAUCGUACGCUUCUUUAUCAAUCUCCGCAGUCACGAGUGCUGUUGUAUCUUGUGAUGGCAUCCCAAUCCUAUACGAUCAAGCGGACUUGGCAAGUUUCCAGCGUGUUCUUUCGACCACAACAUCGUCGUCGCAAACACAAUCAUCCAGCAUUUCAAAAAUGUCAAGUAUUCCGCCGCCCACUGGGACUCCUUCGGGUAACUCAGGUCCGACAGGCUCAAAGGGACUCUCUUCCGGGGCCAAGGCAGGCAUGGCUAUCGCAGCAGUCCUCGUCGUCUUCGCCAUCUUUCUCUUCCUCUUCCUAUUCAUCCGACGGCACAGGAAGCAGCAAGCUACCCAACGAAGCGAGCACGCAGCGACCAGCACAGCAGAAGCGGACGAAAAAGGCGUCGUUGUAUCAGAAUUCCCCACCUCAGCAAAUAAGCACGAGCUACCCUCUCCCUAUCAUCAGAACCAAGAACUCGAAUCGCCUGACAACCGCGCCAAAUACUCAAUGGGCCACGAGCUCCAUGCUCCUGUUCCCAGUGAACUUGGAUCCUACGGCCCACCCUCCGGCCCAAUAGCGCAGGAGAGCUCGGCGUCGAAUUUACGGUCACCUGUAAGCCACAAGGCUGUACCGACAGAGAUAGCAAAGGACGACGACCCCGAGCUGGAGCGUAUGAAAGCCGAGAUUGAGGCGUUGCGAGUCGAGAAAGAGCGUAGGCUGCAGGAUUUAGAGGGGAGAGAACGGGAGUUGAGCAGGGCUAUUGUGGCGAAAUCUCGGACGGAGAUGAGAGGGAAUCUGGGCUGAUCAUAGAAUAGACGGCCUGGUAGGAAAGAUAAUGAAUGCUGCUAAGAUUAGAGGAAGGAGUAUUGUUAGCGUGUGGCAGUUAAGAUGUACCCGUUGAGUCACAUGAUUGACUCAUUUGGAGUGAUUGGCUUUUCUGCCUAAUUUGCAGUACUGAGGUUUACUGCUGCCUGUCGUUCAAAUGCUCUAUAUAAGCAUCAAUAACUGUAGUCUCAAUGGGAUAACUC